UCAAUCUCUGUUCGCGAUCGCAUUCAGAUGAUGAUCUACCUGGUCAUUCGUCAGCUUCUUGAAGGUUUGGUCCUUCUUCGACACUACCACAACUUCGAGAUCUUUCGAGCGAGUCUCAAUUCCGAGGCUGCUCUGAAGAGCCUCGAUAGCCAAUUGAAUCGUUUCGUCGUGAUUCAAAUCCGCCUUCUUCUUGAUUUUCUUUUCGAGGAAUGAAGAGGCGGUGACCUGUUUCACUCCUACCGAGACAGCCUUCAUUCCACGAUAGUACCCAGCUGGGUCUACCUUGAAAACGACAGCUCCAUCUUCAUCAUCAUAUGAGAUCAUAAUCAUAGCGCAUCCAAGACUUCUCAUUUCAGCGUUCUGAGUGUAGUACUGAUUUUUGUCGGCCAUUUUCUUCGCCAGUAG